AUGAGGCAGCUGCAGAAAGGAAACCUGAUCUUCUAUGAAUCAGACCUGACAGAGUGUGGCAUCGAUAUCAGAGCAGCCUCAGUGUACUCAGGAGUGUUCACACAGAUCUUUAAAGAGGAGAGAGGGCUGUACCAGGACAAGGUGUUCUGCUUCGUCCAUCUGAGUGUUCAGGAGUUUGUGGCUGCUCUUCAUGUCCAUCUGACCUUCAUCAACUCUGCUGUCAAUCUGCUGGCAGAAGAACAAACAACGUCCCGGCUGUCAAAAGUCUUCAGAGACAAACCUAAACUAACACAUCUCUACCAGUGUGCUGUGGACAAGGCCUUACAGAGUCCAAAUGGACACCUGGACUUGUUCCUUCGCUUCCUCCUGGGUCUUUCACUGCAGACCAAUCAGACUCUCCUACGAGGUCUGCUGACACAGACAGGAAGUAGCUCACAGACCAAUCAGAAAACAGUUGAGUACAUCAAGAAGAAGAUCAGUGAGAAUCUGUCUCCAGAGAGAAGCAUCAAUCUGUUCCACUGUCUGAAUGAACUGAAUGAUCGUUCUCUAGUGGAGCAGAUCCAACAGUCCCUGAGUUCAGGAAGUCUCUCCACAGAUAAACUCUCUCCUGCUCAGUGGUCAGCUCUGGUCUUCAUCUUACUGUCAUCAGAAAAAGAUCUGGAUGUGUUUGACCUGAAGAAAUACUCUGCUUCAGAGGAUGCUCUUCUGAGGCUGCUGCCAGUGGUUAAAGCCUCCAACAAAGCUCUACUGAGUUUCUGUAACCUCUCAGAGAGAAGCUGUGAAGCAGCCAUUUAG